AUUAAUUGUAGUAAGUGCGGGCACCUGGAAGUGGCGCGAGGUAAGAUCUUAUGCAAGCGUGGCUGCGGCACCACUAUGGAAAUGUACUCGAGGUGAUGCUGGUUUAUGAUAUCUCUGCUGCUGUGUUGACUUGGACAGUUCAUAUUAUGGACUGCAAGAAGGCAGAACUUAGUGGGAACCAUUUACUAUUUGGGUUACUCUUCAAUAAAGAGGUUUACAAUUGGGGAAACUUUCCAUUGGACCAGUACCUGUGGAUGGUGUAACCAGUGAAAUUGUCAUCAAAGACUGGUCUGUUUGCCGAAGUGAAACAUUUCAAGUUCUUGGAUCAUUUGUUGCCACUUAACGCAAACCAGGAAAAAGGGAUUAUUAGUAAAUGAUUUCUCGCCUUCCACUAUUUACUUCUGCUGACUUUUCGAUUUUUUUGUCCAACUUUUAAAUCAAUUUGUUUUUUGUUGAAAGGCGGACGGUUUAUGGUAAUAGACGCAAUGAUGCUGCGCCCUUUAGGGUUUAAGAAGAGGAUCUCUGUGCAGCUUUGGUUGACACUGUACACUCUGAUUGCAACUUUCAUCUGCAAAGUGGUGGAAAGCCGUGCUGUCUUGGACAGUGUCCAGAGAUUUUCUUCAUUGCCAACGUACCUACCUGUAAACUUUCAGAUUCAAAAUGCUGACAUCGCUUUUUUCCUGAAAGAAUCCAAUCAGGACAUCAUGAGGAACUCCAGCCUACAAUACAGAGUUGAACCUUUUUUUAUAUACAGAGCAAAAAGUCCCCCUGUACUUAAUGUAUCAUACGGAAAUAUCUCCAAAGAAUUGGUAAUUCCUUUUGAACUGCUGCAACAACAGACUAUAAACUCAUUUAAUUCUUUCAGUGGGUUUGAAUUUAAUUGGAAGAUAGUGUCUCGUAUCAUUGAGGAGAACAUAUAUUUUAGCAAACCCAAAGUGCAAACUUUAUUUUACAUUGCUGGAAAAGAUUGGAGUGACUUUGAUGGUAUGGAGGAAUUGCCUUGCAUAAAAAUGUUUGCCAUUUUGGACACCAGAGAGUUGCAAGCUUCCUGCAGACUUCAGGGUAUGCACGGACUAUGUGUUGCCCAGCUGGAGUUACCACUAAACUGGUUCAACUCACCUUUGGAGUAUCAGAACAUUGGUGACUCAUCAAAGGGAAUUCCAGUGGAGCUUUACUAUAUGGUGCAGCCAGAGACUGAAGGAGAUUGUGUCACAGAGAGUGGAAGGCAGGAGAGAAUCCAUUCACAGGUAAUGGGACAGGAGGCUGAGGAUGCUGCCCAACCUUUACAGAGGAUUGGCAUUAUAUUUCUACAUUUCAGCACUGAAACACCAAAGCAAGUACAACUGAGACUGGAUAAGAACAUUGUCAUUUAUUAUCCUGUUAAACCAGUCUGGCAAGGUGAUGAUAUAACCUUUCACAUAAACAUGCCCAGGAAUGCUACAGUUAAUCAGUUUACCUUAAGAAUGAAGGCUGACCAAGGAAUGAAUAUAAUCAGUAUGAAAGUCAAUGACAACAGUCAGUGGGACAUGCAGCCUGAAAUCGAUAACGGUGAAAAACAUUCAGCUGCUGCAGUCAUCUGUGUACGACAAGGGCCAGCUUUAGAAAAUGGGGAUGAUGGCGCUCUCCAUGAAAUUCUGCAAGUGGAUGUUAAAGUUGAAGACAUCAGCACUUUAAACAACACUCAUUCGAUAAGUUGGCAAGUGGAGUACACUGGUCAGGGCAUCGAAGGCAGUGUGGUCACCUCAGAGAUCUUUGUAAGCCAGUCAAAACCUGUUGGGAUUGUUCCUAUUGCAAUGGAGACAGAGAUUUUGAACACAGCGAUUCUCACAGGAAAGAUGGUGGCAGUUUCAGUAAAGGUCAUCGCUGUAGAAGAAGAUGGAACAGUUACUAUUGUGUCUGACCCUACUGAGUGCAGUUCCACUGAUGACAAUGUGAUAAAGGUAUCAAAAACAUGUGACUCUGUCUAUGUCGAUGGCAAGGAGAUGAAAAGCAAGGCAAACAUCACAGUAAAUUUUUCCUACCUGCAUUUAAGCACAUCACUAGAAAUGACAGUCUGGGCUCCUCGCCUUCCACUUCAGAUAGAUGUAUCUGACACUGAACUAAGCCAAAUCAAGGGCUGGAGGGUUCCUGUCACCUCAUAUAAAAGACCCACAAGGGAGGCUGAUGAGGAUGAUGAAGAUGACAGAAGAGCCAAAGGUUGCUCGCUUCAGUAUCAGCAUGCUGUUGUACGUGUUCUGACUCAUAUUGUGGCGGAAGCAUCCGACCGUGGAGGCCAGCUAUCUUACUUGCUGGGCCCAGACUGGCAGUUUGACAUUACAGAUCUUGUCAAGGACUUCAUGACAGUUGAAGAGCCAAGGAUUGCUAAACUGCAGGAUGGAAGGGUUCUAAUCGGUCGAGAGACUGGAAUGACCACAAUCCAGGUACUUUCGCCACUUUCUUAUUCUAUCCUCGCUGAGAAGACAAUAACAGUAGUUGAUGAAAGGGUUACCAUUACGGACCUUGGAAUCCAGCUGGUUGCUGACUUGUCCCUCUCACUACAGAUGAGUGCAGGAGAAAACAAAGCAAUCAUAGCUAAGGCAUCAGCAUCUGAGUUACUGUAUACUUCCAAACAGGAGGCAUUAAUCAGUGCUUGGAUUCACCUCAGUGAUGGUUCAGUGACACCUUUAGACAUCUAUGACCCAAGACAUUUUUCAUUUACAGCUACAUCAAUGGAUGAAGCAGUUGUAUCAACGUAUCAGGACUUUCCAUUUAAGUGGCCCACUGUAGUGGCAGAGAGUGAAGGACAGGGACCCUUGAUAAAGGUGGAAAUGGUGAUCAGUGAAUCCUGCCAAAAAUCCAAUAGAAAGAGUAUCCUAUCAGUUGGAAGUGGAAUUACUAAGGUUAAAUUUGGUCAGAAGGAUUCUGAGCAUAAAGGAAGUGGUAGUGACAAUAGGAGUGUUGAAAGAUAUCCUGGACAAAAGGUAAAAGAGCAUGACAAAUCAGGACAGAGGUCAUCAUAUGGUGGAACAUCAUUUGUAGAUAAUGCAGGAGGUGCCAACAAAAGCACAACUAAAUCCACUAUGAGUACUGCAUCAGACAGCGGGAAUUUUCCAGGUAAAAAUACUCAUAUCCCUAACAUUCCUACUCAAUCUGCAGGAUUACCGAGGCAGUUUGAUUUGCCAAUAGAUACUAUUGCAAAUGACCAAAAACAGAGCAGUAGAGGUCUAACAGAUUUAGAGAUUGGUAUGUAUGCAUUAUUAGGUGUCUUCUGCUUGGCAAUAUUGGUAUUUCUUAUUAACUGUGCAACAUUUACACUAAAGUACAAGCACAAGCGGUUUGCAGUUGCAGAGCAUGAUACAAUGAAUCACAGUCAUGACUGGGUAUGGUUAGGAAAUGAAGUUGAACUCCUGGAGAACCCUGUUGGCACCUCCCCACACCAGGUGGAAUGUACCACAAUAACUGACAGGGGGUUAAGUUUUGAAAAAAACAAUUAUUUGCUGAAUGGAAAAACAGAAAGGAAUGCUCAGUGCUUUAUUUCCAGACCAGAAUGUAAUUGUGGAAAGGAGUGUAAAAGUGACCUUGUAAACUCCCCAACUACUAAGAAAAAGCGUGUGAAGUUUACAUCUUUUACUACUAUUUUACCAGAGGACGGAGGUCCGUACACUAACUCAGCUCUUCUUGGGAGAGGUGAUGACAAUAUUAAAUGGGUAUGCCAAGGUGUGAAGCUCUCUGACUCAAAGGAACUCAGAGACUACAUGGAUAGAGUACAAGACAAUCUGUAACUUACUGUUACCUUUAUAUUUUAUUCACCUUAUGCCUUCAGUUUCUUGGGUGGUGAAACACGUAAUAAAGUUAGCAAUAGAGGAUAAAAGAGUGGUCAUAAAAAUGCACAUAUAAAGCCUGAAAGAGAAUAUUACUUUGUUUUCUAUGGCCUGAAAUGGCAUGUUAUCCAAAGAAAGCUGCAUUGCCAGAAAAUAAUGUCUUAUUAUAAAAUUGUUGUGACCUCUCUGGGUGACCACAAGUACGAAUGUAAUAAAUAAAAGUUAAGUUUUUCUGUACUGCCUGCUAGCACAUAACUGAAAGAAACAAGAGCUUCAGCUCAUUUUAAAGAAGUCAUGUCACAGCUUGAAGGACUGUACAACACAAUAUGUCACUUUCAUAUGGAAAGCUUAACAAAGUUCACCAUUCUGUAUUGCAGUGUUGAGUAAUCUAAAUUAAGUCAAGUUAAAAUAAGCAUAAGAGUAUAUAAGCUGAAGCAAAAGUGCGUAUUUCUCCAUAAGAAGCUGGUAAUGCAUGUCAGGUCCAUGGCUUGUGUGUGUCCAGUGCUGAUACGCUAGAAUGAAAGCUGGAAGUGUUAUGUGGGGUACCAACCUUAACAGCACAAUGGAAGGAUUAUCCCCAGUAGAGGUGAUCUUAGUUUUUGGAAAAUGAGAAAAAAGAUGUAACUGCAGUAGCUGUAUAAAUAUGAUUCUGUAAGGCAGGGGUAAUGAAACAGUUGCUAAAAUUCUCCCACGUUAAGCCGGUAAGCUAACAUAGCUAAUGCCGUUCGGUGUUUAGUCCACAAAUUCUGUAUUUCACAUAUGAAGGAAAAUAAAAUGUGAACAGUAUUUUCUGUGCACUGCUAAGAAGUAUCAGUAUACAUUUGGAAGUCAUAAGGCUGCAUUGUGCUAGGUCAGCUAAUAUGCAAAAUGAAGAGUGCUGGGCUUUAAUGUGCUCUUGUACAAGACUAUCUACUCCUGGAAUGAUGAAUUCACUCCAUUUACUUUGAAAUACACAGUGUGUAUUUAUUAAAUGUGAAACAUUUUAGAAGAAUUAAGUAGAAAAUUGUUAACGCUGUUUUAAUGGGACAUGUUUUCAUGAUUUAGAAAAUGGCCAUCAGUAACAUCUUCUUCAUAAUAACAGCAGCUUAUACUGUGGUGAAAGCAGCUACAUCUUACCCUGUUAUUAAACAAAUGUGUACCUGUUGCAGGGAACACUGACUUUUUCACAUAUUUUGUCAGAGACAGUUGGCAGUUGUGUGUUAGCUACAGUUUUAAAUGAAUGAGUAUGUUUUAUUUAGCAGCAUAUGACCUACAAACAAAAAGAAAAAAAGCCACCCACCUUUAACUCAGGUGAUGUUAUACUUAGUAUGCAUUGUACAUUGUCUUCAAAUAUUUAUUUGUAAAUAAUAUAAAUACUGUAUAAAAAUGAUUCAGCUGAUUAAUGAGUACCUUAAAGAAAAUGUCAUUGCAUUUUAUCUUUUUUAAUGUGCCAUGUACAGUUUUUGCAUAGUUUACAAUAACUUGGCAAUUCUAAGUGUCAAGUGAGUUUUUAUUGGUUAUGCAGUUUGAUUUCUAAGCCAUUAUUGGUUAUUUAAUUGCACCCAAGUUGAAUGAGAGAGUAUUACCAUUAAUCAUAUUCAUGUAGAGGUUGGUAUAUAUAAAAAUGUUAUACAUAGGCAUUUAACAUUACAGUUUAAUGAUGUCAUUCUUCAUAAUAAAACAGUUUGAACAUGC